AUGGACCGGGAGAAUGCAGCGUGGGCGGGCGUGCGGGGCAUGCAGCCGUGCUACCACGUGGCGCCAGAGCGGAACUGGAUGAACGACCCCAACGGGCCCAUCUGCCACGAGGGCGUCUGGCACCUGUUCUACCAGCAGUGCCCCGCCGGCAAGGACUGGUCCUUCGGCAUCGAGUGGGGCCACGUCGUCAGCGAAGACCUCGCCACAUGGCGCCGCGCGCCGCAGGCCAUCGUGCCCACCCCGGGACAUUAUGACGCGGCGGGAUGCUUCAGCGGCUGCGUGACGGUCGACGCCGACGGCUCGCCCGUGAUGCUGUACACCGGCGUGCGGAUGAGGAACAAGAUGUGGCCGAGGGAGGGCCACGGGCCGGAGGAGCUGCCGCCGGAGGCGCGCGACCUGAAGCUGCAGUUCAUUGAGAGCCAGCUCGCGGCGGUCGCCGACCCAGGGGAUCCAGAAUUGAAGACUUGGAGGAAGUGCGACAGGCCUGUCAUCGAGCUGCCGCCCAGGAACGAUCUUGAGGGAUUCAGGGAUCCGUUCAUAUUUCAGCGAGGCGGCAACGGAAAGGAAUGGAUUAUGCUGGUGGGAUCUGGAGUGCGCGGCCAAGGAGGCGCCGUGCUGGUCUACAGAUCCUACGAAUUGACAGAAGGGUGGACGUACGACGGAUUUUUGUGCGAGGGGCGCCCAGGGAAUAUGUGGGAGUGCCCUCUGCUGGUGCCGCUGAACGCCCUCCCGAUGAGGCGGCCCAACGCGCACUCGGCGCUCCUGCGAAAGAACAAUUCCGUUGAAGCCCAUCUGUGCGGCCUGGCAGACGGCUACGACAAGGGCUGGACGCCCGGUCCGGGCAUGAAGCGCACUUCCAGCACGCUGUCCAUGGACACGUGCCUGCAGAAGCACCUGCUGUGCAUCUCCCCCGACGCGCCUGACAACCCCGUGCUGUGCUGGCUGGGCACCUACGCCGACGGAAGGUUCGACAUCGAAGAGGCGUCGGGGCCAUUCCUGCUGGACCUUGGGGAUGUGGUGUACGCGCCAAACGUCACACGGGAUGCGCAGGGUCGCUGGGUGCUGUGGGGCUGGCUGCAGGAGAAAGACCCACCUGCUUAUCUUAACCACGCUGGUUGCCUUUCGGUGCCACGCGUGUUAUAUAUUCAGGGCGACCGCCUCGUUCAGGAGCCCGCGGCGGAGCUUGCAGCGUUGCGCCGCGAAUGCCUUUGGCACGAGAUCGACUUUGCCAUCCACCACGAGGCUACUUCCCUGCCGGCUGUCGUAGGACCAUCCCUCUACAUAGAGAUCUCCAUGCUGAGGGAGAUGUCCAAGGCAGUGGGGAUCGUCAUCCCGUCGUGGAGGGCCAACGGAGUCGGAACCGCGGUCAUCAUGUACGACUGGAAGCGCUCUCACCUGAAAGUCGUGACGCACACCAUUGCCUUCGAUCCGAAUCGUCCCUUCUCCCCAGGGUGCCGAGAGACUGGCGGCCUCAUCCGCAGGGCGCCCGGCGCCAUGCUGGAGCUGCGCAUCUUCCUCGACGCCUCCUCCCUGGAGAUCUUCACCGGCGACGGCCAGGUCCUCAGCACGCGCGUGUACCGCGGCCCGGCGGGCGCCGCGGACGCCGACCCCGGCAUAGACCUUGUGUCCCUGGGCGGCCACGCGCGCUUGGCUCGCAUCGCCGCCUACCAGAUGUCCACAAUUUGGGAGGCGGAGUCCCCAAUGCGCCAGGCGGAGGCUGCACCACAGAUUGAGAAGGUGGUUCCCAAUCCUAUGGGGGAGGUGGGCGUCCCAGAGGCGCCCAAGCCGCUUGGAGGGGAACAGGGAUUUGGCGGGCAUGGUGUCGCUCGGGGUGGGUUCGUGGAGGAAGUGUGCGACAAGCAGGGGCAGGUUGAGAUGGGCGCGUCGUUCCUGCUGGACGGCGGGUGGAUGGAAGGUGGAUGGAUGGUGCCGACGUUGAACGAAAUCAGCAGGAAGCUGCAGCGCCUGCUGUGGGGCGCGGCGGUUGGGUGA